UAUGUUUUCAGGUUGAAGAAGCAGUUCUUAUGUUUGACAGAUCUACAAAUAGGCACAGAGGUUUCGGCUUCGUCAUAUUUGACAACGAGAAGACAGUAGACAACGUCUGUGAUGAGCACUUCCAUGAACUAGAUGGCAAAUUGGUUGAAGUUAAGAAGGCCCAACCCAAGGAGGUGAUGAUCCCACAAAACGUAGCAAAGAAUAGAGCGGCAAUGAUGCGCAAUCUAUAUGGCAUCUAUGACCCAAGCAGCACAGAGACAAGUUUACUGGAGUUGAGACUAUUGCAGGCCCAACACCAAACAAACAACAACAACUCACCCUCGAUGUGCUCAGUCCCUACCGGUCUCACUUCCUCGGUGCCGUUAAUCAUGGACACAGUUGGCAAUGUUAAAGGAUAUGCGGCUCCCAAUUUCACGAUAGGGCCACUUACACGGGGAGCUUACACGUAUGCUCCUUUUCCUCCUUUCUUUUCAGCUUACCAACAGCCUCCUUUCGCCAUGUGUGGAAGCGGUGGUAUGGGGCGUGGUUCAGGUAGCAGAGGUCGACCCCCUCGAGGCAGCUCUAUAGGCAUGCCGUCGCAUCCUCACUCAGGGAUUCCAACGUACACCCCAGGUUUAAUGAUGCCGGCGGCUGGGGUCCCUCCCACGCCCGACCGUCGAGGCCAGACGCCGAUUACCUACUCCUACCCCGAUUACGGGUCUGCCGGCCCCGCGGCGGGCCGCUCAGCCCCGCCUCCUCCUACUCGCAACGAGCCUAGCUCCAUGUCGCACCAGCCUGAAUAUGGGAGGGAUUAUCACCAGCCUGCUGUGAUGCCAAACAGCUACCAGCCCCAGAGCUAUGCACCAUCACCGUCACCUGUUAAUAACCGCUACAAUACAACCAACAGUCCCGGGCCCAUGGACAUCUAUGGCGGGUCCCAAGACCAGGGAAUGGGGGGCAAUUAUGUACCCGCUGCCAGCCCUCAACCAACCCAUGCAUUCGGCAUUGGGUCCCAACCGAAGACAGGGUACGGAUCAGGUCACUAUAACACAGUCUCACAUGGGAGGAACUACUAAACAAUAACAUUUUGUUUAACUCAGAAGGAAAUAAUCUACUGGCUUUAUAUCAAUGGUCCUACUCAUUCACAUCUAUCUCUAUGAUCGUUUCUGCUGAUAUAUACAUGUAUAUACAUACAUAUAUACAUCAUGGAGGGAGAACAUUUAAAUGUAAAUCAUCAGCCGGUUACCAUAAACCUGCAUUAUUUAUCAAUAUUUGUAUAAAUAUUACAAUGUAAGUUUCUCUCCAAAUUUUACUCCUGUUAAUUUAAUCUUUGAAAGGAAUAUGUUCAUGAACUGUAUUGUAAGAUGUGAUUGUUUUUAUUUCUAUCAUUGUUUUUAUCUUUUUUUUUAAUCUGCACAUUGCAUGGCUUGUUAUCUUUUCUAUGUUGGAUGCCAUGCAGCCAAUAUUGUUUUUUUCUUUUUUUUUUGGUUGAUGCAUUCACUUUAUUUUUCUCAAUGAUAUGAUUUAUCUGAGCAAUCUAAGGCAAUUAAGGAUGAUAUCAGUGUAAAUAUAUAUAUAUUAUCUUGUUCAGUUUUGUUCUGAAUUCUUGCAUUUAAAUAUGUUUUGCUUGCUUUCGUACACAUCUGUUUUUUUUAACUUAUGCAGCCAAUUUAUAGUCUGCACUCAAUGCAAUGAAAUUAUGAAUGAGAAAUAAGUUAUGACAUUUCAAAGAUGGAGUAUGUGCUACAUGAUAUUGAAACUGAUGACCCGAUGCAAAUGUCCACCAACGGUAAAGAAGAACCAGUGUUAAAGCGUGAUUAUUUGUUCAUAAACGGGAGGUAUGUCUGGUUUCAGAUAAGUCCGUGCGAAACAGUAAUUGUAAUUUUUUUUUAUAUAUUUCGGAUCUCUGAAACCGGUACAAGGCAUGGUUGGUUAGACACACUGUGGAAUCUUCCUAUCUUGAUAGGGUUUUUUUGCUACUUGGCAAAAGUCACAGAAAAGAGGCCUUUAAAGCCUUGAUCAUACAACUCCGAAACGCGAUCCAUGUAGAAAUUCAGACUUCUCGCGUUGGCGAAUGCUGAUAGCUUUCAUCGGACAUUUCUACUUACUUUUGAUGAAUAUAUGGAUUGUCAUUUCUUAGCUUCUGAAAGUAGAUUAUUGCCAAGGGAUGAUCUUUGGUAUAUGGGCGGGAAGGAUAUUUUUCCAGCAGCUUAUGUACCUUGAGAGGAGCUAGAGAGUUAAAAAAAAGAAACACAAACUUGCCACAUUGCGUAGCGUGUGUCCUGUAGUAAAGUGCAUGAAAUUUGUAUAACGCUGGAGAUAUUUUUAUUCACUUGAUUGCACAAGAGACAAUUCCAUGAAUAUUUGUAUCAAUUUAUUGACAAUCUCAAUCUAUGAAUUCUGUACAAGUUUUUUUUGUAAUUCUAAGCAAUAUUUAAGGGAAAAGAAGAAAGAAUUGAAUUUGCCAAAAUUUGUUUGUGUGAUUUGAAUAUCCUUUGCUUAGCUAUGUGAUUACAUGUUUUUUAAUUGAAAAACUAUUUUUGAAAACGUUGUUGUCGUCUGUCUAUCUUUCUUUGUUUCAUUGCAUUUUCUCCACUGAGUUGUAUUUUUCACAAGACUGGAGAAGAAUAAUCUCAUCCUAAUGCCACAAAUAACCAAUGAAUUGCUGGAGUCUAAUUUUUAUAUGCCAUGUGCUCCAUUACUUUAUAUUUUAUGCUUAGAGAAGUCAAAUCAAGCUGUCUAUCAAUUAUGAAAUCAAAUCAUGGAUUGUAAUGAAUAAUGAGAACCUAUUGGAGUGAGCAUGGAGGAGCAUUCUAUUCUCUUUCAAACUAAACGUACUUCUGAUGAUAACCAAAAUUUGACAGAUUUUUACCUGAAUCAUGUACUAAAUUUCUAUCGGGGCUGUAUAAGAAACGUCAAAUGAAAAGUUGAAAGAAGUUGUCGGGUGGGUUCUGGAUAUCACUGUACAUAAUGAUUCUCAGGUUCUUGGGUACUCUGGCUAUAUGCGAUUGAUGGAUAGAUAGAAAGAAGCAGAAGACAAAUUUUUAUCAGAGUAUUGAAUUGACACUCUGUGCAGAGAACUAGUUGUAACAUAUCUGGUACGGGGCGCACAGAAUCAGCUUUGCAUCCUCUCUCUCUUAGAGGAUAUAUGUAACCACUGUGAUGUUUUAAUGAUGAUUGUGUUAAAAAUGGUGACUGUGUAUGAGAGUGUUUGGGUGAUUCAUGUUUUUUGUCCAUUCUCGCAAUGGAGCUGUAACUCUUGUUGUAUGUUAUUGUGUGUUCUCUUCCUUCCUCAACUCAGGGUUGAAAAUAUUUAAAAAAAGAAAAAAAUACAUUAACAGUGGUUUCAACAUUGAUUCUGUUUUCUAUGAAAGAUGUUUGGAAAUAAGGUGAAAUCAACUGAAUGUUUUAAAGAAAUAUAAGAAAUAAUAAGUUUUAAAUGGAAUGGAUGAUAUUGUAAUGUAGACUAAUUUCAACUAAGUAGUGGAGUUGUUAUGUUUCCGUGUUUAGGAGCCGAUUCUUUCCACUCUUUUUCUUCUGAGUUGAGCUCUAGGUUCAUAAAUGCCCCUUGGAAGGUCCAAUCAGGUUGUACUAUUAUCAACAUCAACAACAACAAUACUCUAAGAAGUGCCAACAUAAUUGUUAACCAUAAUGGGGCUAUUCAUCGUCCUAUUUUUUUAUGAAUAAAUAUUUUGAGAUUUGAUAUGAUUUUAUUCUUUCCACUCUGUCUUGUUCUUUUCACAAAUUUUGUUGUGUAGGUCUUUUUUUCUUUUUGGUUAGCUCGUAUGUGUUGUCUCAUGGCUUUUUAAAUUAUUCUCUCAUUUUUUAUAUAUAUAAAUAUAUAUAUAACUCAAUUACUUGUGAAGCAUAUAAUAAGGUUCUGCUAUUCAUUUUAUUCUUGGUUGUGUAAUUUUGAUUCACUUUCUUGUACAUUUAUUGGUAAGUUAUUGUAGCUAAGACACCUAGUAUCGGAUGUAGAAGUAGUACGGUAGAGUAGAAUUACUUGUAAUUAUGUGGUUGUGGUGAUCGUAGUUUGUGCACUAAGUAAUAGGUAUACUAUGUCUAAGUCGAUGUAAGAAAUUAAUUGUAGAUAAUCUGAUAAAUUUGUGAUUUUGAAGUGACAUAGAAUUGGGGGCUGACCCCUUCUUUAUCGUCUGAUGCUCCCUUUUCUCCUCCCUGAAAGAAAGAAGAAAAAAAAUGUUUAUAUCAAAUAUCUGCUUUGUCUGUAUCUCUAUAUAUGCACAGUUUCAGAUAUCUUAAUUAGCUUGUGAAGAUUGUUUUAUACUUUUGUCGUAGACAAGAGAAAGAAUUAUAUGGCACAUAUGACAUGGUUCCUCCUGCCAGUAGUUGCCAUGACAACGUAGAUUGUCCGUGGCAUAGAUAGAAUCACAUGUGGAUUCAUAGUGGUAGCUUGCAUCUUUAAGGAACAGAAGCAACGGACCUUGAAAUAUUUUAUGAAAAAUUUGACAUGAAACUGCCACCAAGGUCAUAGUUCAAAGGUCAUGAAUAGCAAAGCUUGAUAUGAGAGAACAGAGUAAGGGAUUUUUUCACAUGUCGACAUUAUGAGAAGAUGAAAGAGCCAUGAUUGGAAUAUCCUUAUUUGGAAAUCUUUAGAGUGCAUGCAUUGGCAGAAUAGCGAUUAGAACAAGAAAGGUAGAAGUUUAAUCUUCUAACUUGACCAGAUGUGUAGUAAUUGUAGAUUGGAGAUAGGUACAAGAAUUAUAAAAAGAAGAUAUAAUAAUAAAAGUCUCCAGAAAUAUUUAUUUAUUAUAGGAACCAUUGCUGCAAUGGUACAGCUGCUAACAUUAGAUUGAUUCUUGUAGCAUGCGUGCCUUAUGAUAGAUGGAGAUUUAGCAGUCUUUUGCGGAGUUUUUGAUCCAAAUAUCUCUGGGAUGUGAAGCGAGAAGGACCUUCUGUAAAGAAGUAAUGGAAUUAAUUGGCUGGUAAGGUUUAACGAAAGUUGAGGAAUGAAUUCUGAAUGAGAACGAACGUUGGUGAAGUGUAUUUGUAGCGUUGCUGGCAGGGUAAACCAUAUCAUAUGUACCUCGUUAUUAAGAAGAAGAAAAAAAACCGUGGCUACCUCAAUUCCGCCACUAUUAAUACGAUGGAUAAUCACAAAUCCACACAAUCGGUGACUCUACACAGCACCAAUUGCUUUAUCAACAUGCUUUUUUCAAUUUGUAACGGAAGCCUGUAUAUUUAGCAGCUCAUUAGCAAGACAGCUGAUUUGGUACAUAUUUAUAUUCUGCUUAUUGAGCCUUCCCCCUCAAAAACAUUGGGUAUAUAGAACAUCCAUGUUUGUAUAUGAUCAUUCAUGAAGCGUAUCCGCAGAAUCGUAUACUGUGGAAUAUAUAUAUCGUAUGUAUGUAUGGUAUAUCAUGAGUCCAAUUUUUUUGUUGUAGCGAUGAGCACAGUAUGUUCACAGGGUGCCAACGUGAUAUCUUCUAGGGUUUUUAGAAAAGAAGGCAUCUUCAAAAUUAUUUUGUAGAUGUUUAUUUGGUGAUACUCUUAUUUAUUUCCAUGGGAAUGGGAUGGGAAGUUCCUUGGUUAGUUUUAUCCUUUUUUUUAUUUCCGAGAAUUGAUAGGUCUUUGUAAACCUUAUUAUUUGAGAUCAUAGACACAAGCUUCAUAUCACGGGUAUCCUUAUAUUUUGUACAAAUAUUUGUGAGAAAAGCUGUAAUAUAAGCAGAGACAUGAAACAUCUUUGUGUCGCUUUUCGAACAAAAAUGAGUGGGAUUUAUAAAAAGAUGAGAUCACAUAUUUGGGGAAAUAUGAAUGUUGUGAUUUAUGAUGAACUGGGAUUUUUUAAUAUUAUGAAAUUUGAAAAAAAAAAUGAAAUAAUUUUAUGUCUAAUUGUACAUAUGGAGAAGAUACCAAAAAAUGUAUUAUUGACAUUUUAUUCAUCAGAGGGCUGGAAUGUAGACUAAUAACGAUAGGACGUAGGGAGAGGCCUCUGGCAAUCUAAGAAAUAGUCAGAAAAUAGUGUAGUCCUUUAACAGAGUGAGCGGAAUAUUUAUGAGACCCAAAAUAAGUGCAACAUAGACAAAUUAUUGAAAUAGAAAAAAGGUGUUCUAUCUACUCCUCUUUUAUUUUGUAGAGAAAAUAUUAUUUAAUAACGAUAAACAACAACUGACCAAUAUUAUGAUAGCUGUUUUUCGUCUCAAAGAGCGUAAGGUUGGUGUGAUGAACUUGAAUGGAGGUAGAUUUAGCAAAGAUUUUUAAUGUACAUUUUCAAACUGCAAUGAAUUUUUUGUAAUGAUGAACGCUAUAAAGGAGUAUGAUUCAUCUCUUUGGGGAGAAAAACAGCUAGCAUAAUGGGGGAGAACCAGCUUUCUUGUCACUUAUGACCUAUUUGCAGUGAGAUUCCAUUUGCCAAUAAUGUGAACAAGUUCAUAUGUGAUUACAACUUGUUUUUAUUGUAUAGACUUAAUAUGUCUAUGGACCAACACAUUUGAAAUUUAACAUGUUAUUUGUUUUGAUUUUUUGUUUCUUCUCGAAAUGUGCUCUUUAAGUUGGCUGUCUCGUACUGUUCUGCUAAAAAUAACACAGCAUCUUGAAGGUGUACAAGGUGUUACAAUGCCAAUAUUUUUCUAUAGGCUUGUUUUGACUAUUUAUUCAAUUGAUAGUUGUCUAGUAAGAUUGCGGUGAAACGGGCGCUUCUAUCUUGGCAGCCUCUCUCUAUACUUCGUAAUUUAAAGCAAUUUGCAAUAUUAUGCACUAAGAUUUCUACUUAUGAACACCUACCAAAUGUCCGCACUAGAAUAAAAUAGUAGACUAUUUUCUUCUGCAUUUAUUAAAGUAUAUGAAGUAUUUAGCCAAUAAUUUUUCGAUUUUAUUUUUUCUUUUACACUGUAUGUGGUCACUGCUAUAUUUUUUUUCCAUUGACACGAAAGUUGUUUCUCGCUUUGUUGUCGUCCAGUUGACUUUGUGUAGUUGUAAAUGGUAUAGGGUGAUGUUAAUAAUGCACUCAUGAAAUCACACUGAAAAUGAAAUGUUAAAAUAUUGAUAAUAAAUUCUGUUUGACUUCUGAAAAAAA